GGUGAGAGGUAUUAAUGGCUAAAAGAGAGGCUAAUUAAUAGGAUAGCGUGGUGGGUAGUGAAGAAGAUGACACUCUUAAGUAAAGGAAAGUUAUUUAUUAUUGCAUUAAUUACAGCAGUACAGAGUGUAUCUAUAUUUGUUAGUAUUACUAGUUGACCUUUAAAUUUUUUAUUUUAAUAUUUUUACACCACUCUUUGAUCAUCAUCACUAAAAUUUCUCAUUCCAUUUACAUUUUUUUUUUCUAUUCUCUCUCCCCCUGUCUAUGUUUGUGCAUUUAUUUCCCUUUUAAUUGCCAACUCAGUGUUGGUUUAAAGCCCUUCAAUUAUCACUUUAAUUCAACUCUGUGGAAUGUUUCUUCUUUAAUUCCUUUUUAAAGAUUGGUUUUUGAUAAGUUUGCUGGUGUUCUUUUCCAGUGAAGGAUAAGUUGCAAUUUCCUCGGUGGCUUAUGCUCGAAGAUACAGCUGAGCCAGCUUGAAAACCUAUAUAAUUUGACUGCUUAUGCAAUCUAUGUGAAGCAUGAAACUAGAUAGUGAACAAGUACUUCGCCUUGGAACUGUUGACAAUAAGUCCAACACCAAAUAUUUAGAAUACCACAAAAUUGAUGCGGACUCUAAUGGACUUAAAUCUGCAAAUUUGACUGUAAAUGAUGAUCAGAAUGGAACCUUCUAUGACUUGAAGACCAGGGAAGAAAAUCUCAUUCAUUUUCAUUCAGCCAAUAAUGAGAAUGGUUGGAUUGCCUCGAAAUUUGAUCAUACAAUGAUGGAUAAUGAGAAGGAACUAAGGGAUUUUGUGAAACCAAUGGCGUUGACUCAUUCUUCAUUGAAAUCAUUUGACCAAGAUUCAGUGUUCUAUGUAGACAAAAAUGUUAUGAUACCUGAACCGCCAGAAUUUGUUGUUUGCUUCGGGGAGAACACAUACCGUGUUGUCAAGGAGAAUGCUUACCAUGUGAAGGACAUAUGUGUUGACGAGGGUGUUCCUUCUCAGGACAAGUUCUUGUUUAACACAGAUGUAGAGGAGAAGAAAUUUUCCAAAAUUCUGAUUCCUGAGAAGGAGAGAAUCAGUGAAAUAGAAAAGGAAAGAAUUGAUCAAGAUUUGAAUGCUCCGGUCCUGUCUAAAACUGAGUUGCUCUUUGAAUGUGAUUCCGAGGAGUCGGCGCCUGAUGCAAUUGAAGAAAUUUCAAAUGAUAAAUCUAAAGAGGUUUUUUCACUUGGAGAAUUGCUCUCUAUGUCAGAGGUAGAACUAGAGCUUUCACAAUCCAAAUCUUCGCUAAACCGCAUCAAUGAAUCUAUUCAGAAGCCAAUUGAGAACACAAUCCUUGCUACAGAUUUGGCGAGUCGAUCGGUUGAUGCGGCAGCUGAAGAAUCUGGCUCUGAGGAAGCAAUAUUUGGAGCUCUUAACCUGGAUUCUGCAGCCGAGGCACUACAUAAUUCUCAGGAUCAAACAGUAGCAGCAACCUCUGCUUCCAGUUCUGCAACUGAAGAAUCAGAAAGUGGCAGCAAGAAAGAAAAAUUGCAAAGUCAUAAUCUCGAUUGUGCAACCGAGUCUACCAGUACAGAUGGUGAGGAAUUAUCUUGCAUGAGCAAGGUGGAGAGUAAAAACACUUCUGAUAUCAACCCCUCACCCGCAGUCAAUGGUGGCUCAGAGCAUCUUAAUUCUCGAAAUUCAUUCAGGCAUGAAGUUACCACCACCGAGCAAUUUUCAGGUCAACUUCAGUAUUAUCCUGGGGAGUCAAGUUUCUCAGCUGCAGGUCCUUUAUCUGGUCUGAUAACCUACUCAGGACCCAUCGCGUAUUCUGGCAGCCUCUCUCUUAGAUCAGAUAGCAGCACCACUAGUGCUCGCUCCUUUGCCUUCCCCAUAUUGCAGUCUGAAUGGAACAGUAGCCCUGUAAGAAUGGCAAAAGCUGACCGGAGACGUUGCAGUUGGAGGCAGGGCCUUCUUUGCUGUAGAUUCUGAUUGCUGUUAUUCUGUCCAUAAAUUCAAAAGUUAAAAGAAAAUAUAUAUAUACAUGUUUAGAAGUAAAUUUAAGGUUUAGGAAGUAUAGAUAUUGAAUUUUUUUUUUUUUUUUUCAUUGGUUGAAAAUUUAUGUUGAGUAGGCUUACCAAUCGUACAUUUUAGGUUGGUUUCAUGCAUAUACCAAUUGAGAUGCCGUAAUUUUCUUA